AAUUGGGUUAACACAUUGAAGAAGCUGUCCAAACAGAUCAAGAGUGGUCCUUGGGAGUUCAACUUUGAAGUAAAAUUUUAUCCUCCAGACCCCCAGCAACUUCAUGAGGACAUUACCAGAUAUCAAUUGUGUCUUCAAAUAAGGAGGGAUAUCGUCAGCGAAAAACUGCCAUGCUCAUUUGUGACGUACACCUUGCUGGGGUCGUACACCGUCCAAUCAGAGCUCGGCGACUACGAUGUGGAGGAGUUUGGUCGUGGUUUGGACUAUAUCAGAAAGAUCCAGUUUGCUCCUCACCAAGACAGGGAACUGCUAAAGAAGAUUUGCGAUCUACAUAAAACACACAAGGGACAGACACCAGAGGAGGCUGAACUUCGUUUCUUAGAAAAUGCUAAGAAACUUAGUAUGUUUGGUGUGGAGCUGCACGAUGCUAAGGUAUACAAAUCUAAAGGUCAAAUAUUCUCAAAAAAUCAAAUGUUUUUAAAAUCCUCGUUUAUUUAAUGAUAAUGUCUUUAU